UAAAAAAGUAGCGGUAGGGCGUGGCCAUAUCGUCAUCUUUCCUGUAUUUAAUUUAUAUAAAUUUUAGUGAGUGAAAGCGAGAGUGGCGAUUAUACAGUAAACUGAUAAUAUACAUACAUACAACACUCUCAGUCUCAGUCUGUCUGCUUCACUUUUACAUGGAGGAUCCGUCCUUUCCGCUCCCCACAAUCUCAUUUUCUUCUUCUUCUCCUUGAUCAAUCUCUUCAUUCAUUUUCUUCAACUAUGGGGAAACAAUGGUUGCUUUACAAGGUUGCAGGUUCUGACGGCAGCUUUGCUACCGGAAAAUCAUCUUCCACCACCAAAAAACCCACCGGAAAACCAAGAAAAAGACACACUUCAUCUUCUUCUUCUUCUUCCUCUUCCUUUGGUGGUUGCAUGAGUGCCAUUUUUCAUAUGUUUGACAUUCAAAAUCAUCACCUUCCUUUUCAUCAACCUUCUUUUAUCUCUGAAUCUCCUGUUAAAAUACCUGAAGAACCCAACAUAAUACUCAAAGGUGUAGAAGCACCCAGGAACAGCUUGGAUAUGGAGGAAGAAGAACCCAUAGUUGAACAAGUUGCUUCAUCUUCAUCAACAUCAUCAUUAAAACUUAAGCAAGAAACAAACUUUAACAUCCCCAGAAUGCGUGAUAUUCAAAUUAACACAAAAAGAUCAAGAUUAAUGGAAGAUGUAUCAUCCGAAUGUAGCAGCUCACCUAGUACAAAAACACCAACUCUUGUUGCAAGAUUAAUGGGCCUUGAUCUUCUUCCUGAAAAUGCAUCUCCAAGAGGUUCUUUAUCAUCUCCAAGAGUGUCAUCUUCUUCCUCUCAUGCUACACCAUUAAACCCUCUUUCAAAAUUGUCAUCACAUAAAUAUAACGCUCGUUCGUUGCCCGCGACACCGAGGGUAUCGAGUGCCCCUAGGUUGUCCACGGAAGAGGAGUAUCAUCACCGCUUUUCGCUCCAAAUUAAUAAGGAGAAUAAGCGGAGGUAUGAUGAGAAUGCUAGCGAGUAUGCGAAGCAAAUUGCGAAACAAGUGAGGGAAAAUAUUAGCCGGAGAGUUGGUGCCGAUAUUACUAAUACCGUGAAAAAGAAAGAGCAUAGGAGGGAUGAGUUUCUUGUGGUGCUCAAACCGAAUAGACCAUCGCCUUCGUCUACCGCCAAUACCAUCGCCAAACCAAGAAAUCUUGAUGAAGAAGUGUUUGGACACGAAAAAGAAAAUUUUGAACCAACAUCACUUUCAUGCGCAGCGAGGAUACGAUUAUGGGAGAUCAAGAACAAUCUCAACAAAGCGAACUCGAAUUCACUAAAAGGUUCACCAUUAUCAUCAACUUCGGAAGCAAUCAAAACUCCGUCACCAUCAACAACCACAAGAUCACCACAAUUGAUGAAAGAGGAAGUACAAGUGGUAAAGCAAGAGAAGCCAAUGAAAAUACAAAAAUGCAAGAAACUCACAAGUGAAAAAUAUGAUUUGAGAUUGAAAAAAAUGCAUCAACAAGAAGAACCAUUUGUGAAGAAAUGUAACAAGAAGUCAACUCCAUUAUCAAAUCAUCUUGUGAAGGUCAACACCACAACAAAGUUUAUUUCUUUCAAGAAAGACAUGGCGUCCCCUUCCUCACAAACAACAUUACCUCAAAAACAAGUGCCAUUAGCAAGCAUCACACAGUUACCUAGUUGUCAGAGCUUGUCAUACAAUACUAAAAAGACCCACAAUCUCUCCACCCAAUACCAAGUCAGUACUAACGGUAACACCACCACUAGCACCACCACCACCACCACUACCACCACCACCGGAAGUUUAGUUUUUGAUUACUUUGACUACAUUUCAACAAUUCUAAGUCACACUGGGAUAUUAAAAACAACCCCUAUAUCCAUCUCACAUUGGUACUCCCCAUCCCACCCUCUCCACCCAUCAAUCUUUCAACAACUUGAGAAACGCCACCGCACGAGCGCCACAGGCUCGGCGGAUCGAAAGCUUAUAUUCGAGGUUGUGGACGAGCUUCUGGUAGGUAUUUUAAAGCCUUACAUAAGCUUAAAACCAUGGGCCACAUUGGGCAUGAGGAAUACACAUCAAAUGUGUGGAUUAAAACUUUGUGAAAUAUUAUGUGACAAAAUUCGUUGCUUCCCAGCAGCGGAUUGUCAAGUGUUGGAAGAUAUUGAUGAGUUGAUAGAAGGUGAUAUAGGAAUGAGUACGCGGGUGGUCGGAACGACGGCGUUUGAGGAGGAGGCGGAGGAGCUGGUGGCGGAGAUGGAGCGUGAGAUGGUGGACACGUUGGUGGGUGAAAUGGCAGGGAUGAUGUUGCACGUUGGAGUGUCUGUCUGACUGUAGUCACAUGGUUGGUUAUGGUUAUGUCACGUGAUCAGAUGCCAUUCGUUUAAGGGGUGCACGUGAGAGGUCAAAAAGAAAAAAAAAAGAAAAAAGAUUUAUUUGGCAGCUCAAUAAAAAGAAGGGCACAUAUUACCAGCUUUUAUAAGUCCAACAAAAGACUCUUGUUUAACCUUGUUUCUUUCCAUUUGUAAACUUCCUGUUGUAUCAUCAUCAUCAUCAAUUAUAUUAUAUCAACUAACUUCUUUUA